UUUACUAGAGAUUUUUACUAAAGUUUUUACUUUUCUGUUUAUAAUGUAACGCAAAUCAUGAAGAGGCAAAGUGAAAGAGAUUAUAAAGAGAAUCUAUCACCACAAGACAGAGAGAGGUACUAUGCGAAAAUUUCAUUAAUAAAUGGUGUGGAUCCGUAUGCGCUAACUAAGGACGCACUGAGCACUGAUUAUGCAGCUUUGCCUCAGAUACAAUAUUUUCAUGUGUACCAUUAUCUAGUAUUGGCUAGGAGUUUUUACACAUUUGAGCAAUUCCGAGCCUGGAAAUCACUCGACGCGUACAAUCAGUUUGCCGAGGGUUGGGUUGGUGACGUUCGCUCAAGUGCAAUCAAUGGAAAAGUCGUCAUCAUAGCAAAGGUCAAACAUUCCCAAAGUCUCAAUGACAAGCCACUGCGUCCCUGGGUCAUCUGCGAGCCUGAUGGUUCCGUCAACUCUGCCCACUGUACCUGCAUGGCCGGGCUUGGCGAGGUGUGCUCACAUGUUGGUGCGCUUCUGUUCUACUGUGAGGCUGCUGCUCGACUGAGUGCAUCAACAACUUGCACUCAACAAAAAGCAAAAUGGGUACUCCCAACCAUCAACAAGGUGGACUAUGCAGAAAUAAGAAACAUAGAUUUUUCCACACCAGCUACUAAAAAGAAGAGAAUUGAUAGUACCAUUGCUGGAACACAACUGACAACCCGAACAGCUACAAAAUUACCAAAUGUUCAAAUACCUUCAGAGGAAAAUAUCAGUGCCUUUAUGGACAAGCUUCAUAAUACUGGUGUCAAAUCGGUCAUUCUUUCUGUUACUGAAAAAUAUCAAGAUAGUUUCAUUCCAACAAUUUUGCAAGAAGGUAGCCUACCCAUUGCCUUGAUUACCCUGAAAGAGGAUAAAUAUAUUAACAUGGACAGGGACUCAUUAUUAGCUGAAGCACCAUCUGUAUUUACUAAGCUGGCAGUAACUGAUCAGCAAGUGAAAAAUACUGAGGAACUAACCCGGCCUCAACAUAAAAGCAAGGAGUGGCAUGCGCUGAGGUAUGGAAGAAUCACUGCUAGCAACAUGAAGCUAGUCAUUAGCGGUAACUGCCAACAGCCAGCUCCCUCAACAGUUGCGGCAAUCUGUGAAAAAAGUCACUUCUCAACAGUUGCCACUGAUUGGGGAAAAAGUCAUGAAGACGAGGCUUAUGGCGACUUUGAGAAGUAUACCAAAGAAAAACAUAACCACUUUAGUCUAUGUAAAUCUGGACUUUGGAUUAACAAGAGCUACCCUUAUAUUUGUGCUACUCCUGAUGGCAUCCAGGAGUGCAUUUGCUGUGGUAAAGGAAUUUUAGAAAUAAAAUGUCCAUAUAAUGCCAGAGAAAGCACACUUAAUGAAUCUCAGUUGCCUUUUCUUAAUGACGAUGGCACUUUGAAGAUAACAGACAAAUACUUUUAUCAAGUUCAGACCCAGCUGCUCGUGACAGAAACUGACUAUGGUGAUUUUGUCAUUUGGACUCCACAUGAAAUGAGCAUUCAGAGGAUCACCCCUGAUACUGAUGUCUUCCAGGAAAUACUAAGUUAUUCUCUCAAGUGUUACUCCUGCACGUCUCCAUCGAGUUCCUGUAAAGGACAAGAGGACACAUGCUCAUUUGGAUUUUCUACAUGUAUCAGCACUACAGUGGAAAGACCUAAUGAAUCCACCACAGCUAAAGGGUGUGCACCCGCCUGUGUGCCAGGGACUGUAGAAGUUGCAGGAGUGAAAACGACUAUAAGAUGCUGUGACACUGAUCUCUGCAAUGCUGCAGAUGGAGUGUAUAAGGGAAGCUUCCUCUUGCUGGUGUCUCCUCUGCUCUUCUACUUCCUGUUUCAGUGA